AUGAGUAGUAAAGAGUUAGAAACCAAGAGCCGGGAUUCGAUAACGGCUGUUGAUUACAUAAACCAACAAAUGGAGUUGGGUAAGGAAGCCAGAGAGAUUAUGCCUUAUGAUCCUGAUGAGUGUACAUACGAAAUGGGGGAAUUGAGACAAUCCGUUUAUGCUUGCUUGACAUGUUCCAAACAGAAUGACGAGACUCCUAUUGGUGUAUGCUACUCAUGUUCAAUCCAUUGCCAUUCUCAACACGAGUUGGUUGAACUUUUCACAAAGAGAGCAUUUGUAUGUGAUUGUGGAACUACUAAAAUGGCCAAAACUUUUGAUGGCGCAUGCAAGUUGAGAAGAAAAGCAAAACAUAAUGACUCGAAAUCAUUAGCAACGACUCCAAUACGAAGCGGCGUCGGCAGCAGCUCAAGAAGCCGCCAUUCAAGUAACGUUACGUUACCAGCCGAGGAUAUACCAAGCAGCACCAAUAUCUAUAACCAGAAUUUUUACGGAAAAUUUUGUGGGUGCAAACUGUUUUACAACCCCUUGGAGGAAACAGGGAAUAUGCUACAAUGUUAUUUCGGAUUUUUUUGUGGAGAAGAUUGGUUUCACGAUCGGUGUAUAAUGGGGUUUGCUCCCGACACAUUUACAAAACCUACUAAAGUAAAUAACCCAGAAAAUGGAGAAAACAUGUUGGAUAAGUUGUCACUGCCGGGAUUUGAUGCUGAGCAUGAUGCCCGCACUGUUGGCGUGGGCCAGAAUUCUAAAAACAAUGUUGAACAUUUAAAGGAAAAAAUUGACAAUACAAAGGAGCAAGCUCAACUAGAGGAAAAAGAUGGAAUAGACAAAACCAAAGAGCAAGAUGAAUUAAAGGAGAAUGAUGAAAUAGAUAUUGAUGAUCAAGAAAUGAUUGAAAAGCUAAAAUAUUUCCCAAUACUAUCCAGUUUUGAUCAAUUUAUAUGCUGGAAUUGUGUUGCGAAAUUUUCAGAUGUAUUCAAUGAACUUGAAAAGCAAAUUCCGGGUGUUAUAAUACAAAAAUUGCCGCGUUUCGAAGGGGUACAAACUGUUGAAGAUUGGUAUAAGCUUUCUCAAAAUGUAAAUGAACCAAAACCAAAAAAAGUGAAGCUAGAAAACCAGGAAGAAAAGGGGAAACAAGGUGAGUCCUUUUCAAUCUUUCUAGCAAAUGAUUUCAAAAACAAGUUGAAAAAAGCACUACCAUCACUAGAGCCAAGCUCAAAACUCAAGCAGUUCUUUGAUAGUAAUGAAUAUCUUUACAAUGAGGAUCCUGUAUAUCAACCUCCAGUAGACAAAUCGGAAGAAGAGUGGUCAACAACAGUCUCAUUCUUGGAUAUGUGUACAGCUGACGCUAUACAUUCCUUACCUCGUAGUCAAACAAUUGAAACCAUACAAGGAUAUGAUAAAAUGAGAGAGAAAUUACGAAAUUUUUUCAAACCCUUUGCAGAGCAAGGGAAGGUUGUCACCGAGGAAGAGGUUAAGAACUUUUUCGGCAAGAUUAACGAAGACGACAAAAAAGUUAACUAA